AGCGGCUCGAGUGUCCAUUGUCAUGGCAUCCACACGUGCAUGGCUGCCCGUCGGGUGAUGCCUGGUGCCGUCUGUGGCGCUCUGCCGUGCCCCGGGUGCCGUCUCCUUCGGUUCUGCGAACCGUGCCCAAGGAUUGGGUUCGAAUAGUUGCCUGGUGCCUCCUGAGAUUGCCCCGAGGCCUACUUUGACUUGUCUCAGUGCUCUGGCUGCUCCCCGUGGGGCGCUCUUUCGUUGCUUCCGGGAGCGUGGCCCAGCCUUGAUGCCGUGCCAGGCGCCGAGAGUUGCUUCCAGACCGAGCGCUGUCCUCGCCGGGCCCAGAGGCCAUUUUGGCUCGGCCCGCCCGCCGAUGGCCGCCGAUGUCGCCAGGCUGCGGCUCGCCGUGAGCCUCGAGAGCCUCGACGGCGCCGACCUCUCGUCCGACGGCGGAGGCAGCGACGGCUUCAGCAGCAGCUGCAGCAGCAGCAGCAGGGGAGAUGAAUGGGUGACCACACCCGGCGGCAACAGGCAUCUGGGCACGAGCCCGCUGCUGGGGAGGGACGUUGUCAUCGACGAGGAGGAGGCCACCUAUGUCCUCGUGUUCACCCGGGCGAGCCCCGGUGCCGUGAAGAACUGCGACGCGAUGGUCACCGAGCCGCUGGCGAGGGCGAGGGAGAUCUUCCUGCAGCCCAGGGACCAGAUCAUCGAGGGCCUCGGCAUCGAGAAUAUGGGCGCUGCCGAGUACAUCAAAGAGAUGAGCGUCGGCGAAUACCAUGAGAUAGUGAGGCAUAAGAUCGAGGCUAUCCUUCGUAGGAGUGGGUUCGUCUGCAGCUGCUUCUCCAGUGUAGACGGCGACGAGACCUUCUUAAAAAUCCAUCUGGAUCCCGACGGGGACACCGUCCGCAAGCUAGCCGAGCAGUUCAAAUACCAGGUGCCCCUCAGCAAGUCGAAUUACGACUCCCGGAAACGAAUUACCACCGAUGACGCUUACUGUUUCGCCUACACCCCGUUCACGGUGGACCUGCACAGCCAGGGGAAGCUGCAGCGCCUUCGGCGAGUGGACGUGAUCCGCAUCGCUCACAGGCACCUGUCCAACCUAAUCAACCUGCAGGAGCUGGUCCACCAGAAAUUUAUUACUGCGCACUUCCCGGUGGAGGGGUUCAAGGAGCAGAGGGAGCUCAAGGAGAAGUGGGCACUCCCGCUGGGCAGCGGCCCGCUGCCCUCACAGGUCCGGUCGGCUGAUUUUGGAGAGAAGAUCGCCUUCUUCUUUCACUUCUUCGCCUUCUACGUCAGGGCCGUGUGCUUGCUGAGUGUGAUCGCGCUUUGCUUUUGUUGGAUGGAUUUUUCAGAAGUGCGUGUCGUAGAUGUAUGGACAAAGUCAUAUGUCAGGUUUCUGCUGGCUGCCGUGAUCGUCAUAUGGGCGAUCGUCUUCGAGAUCAGUUUGAAUCGUAGUUGCGCCCGGAUGGCACAUGUUUGGGGCAUGAGCGCUACGACAAUGAAGUUCGUCGAGAGUGAUCUGCCCGAGUUUGACAAGAAGCUGGUGGGGACGCCGACAGCAAAAUACAGAGGCUACAUAGCGCACGUCUGUACAAUACUGUAUUGCGCUCUGUUCAUCAUCGGUGUCUGUGCGAUGAAGAAGCCGCGCGUUCUGGGAUAUUUUGAUCCGUAUAAACAUUGGAUCAUCACCUUCCUGAUAGUGCUUGCCAAAUGGCAGUGGGGCAAAAGCGCAGCACCAAAGCUCACUCGCAUGGAGAAUCACAAGACACAGCAGCGCUUCGAUGACGCAUUGACCUUGAGGUUGGCGGCUUUCAAACUUUUCUUUACUCUCUGGCCACCUAUGAGCAUAUUCGAUGUGUCUAUCGACGCUGACGAUGGCGUACUGCGGCCCCGACUUCAGGGCGGCAGUGGAGCUCGCGUACGGAGACCUGUCGCUGGAGGGCCACGACCCCAGCAUGGACAUGCAGUGGCCCAGUGGGGAGAACGCCGGCGAGCCAGGCGUCUUGAACGUCACUACGUUCGAGGAUUUGCUGGGCCCGUACAGGUUGACUCGGUACGAGAUGGCCUUCCGUUACAUGUCCAUAACCACGGCCUUGCGUGGUGCAGACGAGGUUUGUGUAGCGUAUUGCCUUCCUGUGUCGAAUUGUGAACCAAUUCAAGGCCACACGGCCGCUGUAGACUGUGAGACGAACUGCCAUGACGAGCUUAUUGCCCAGAUUAGCACUCAGUUCAUCGUGCACGUCGUCAUGACAGUUGUGCUUUUAGUGUACCCUUUGGUCCAAGUUCGGAACGAUAUCGGAAAAGAGGUUCGGUCAGCACGUCGUAAUUUGGACCAAUCGGCUGGUGCUUCGCCUCGCACUAUUCACUAUACUGCCUUGCAGGUGCAAGCGAAGCGCCAGGUGCAUGCCAAAUAUGAGUAUUAUUCUUUUGGAGGUUCUUUCGUGGAAGAUUUCUUGGAGCUGAUUCUUGGCUUUGCGUGGAUCUCUGUUUUCGGCAUGGUGAACCCCACCAUGAUCGUCAUCGCAGGUCCAAUUUUGCUGGCGGAGUACCGUCUGGUCCAAUUGCGCAUGCUGCUCGUCACGGGUCGACCAUACCCCGAGUACGCUGCUGGCAUCGGCAGCUGGCAAGUGGUGAUCGUGAUGGUCGGAACCAUUGCGGUCUUCUGCAACGGCUACCUCGCGGCGUUUGUGAUGGGCCCAGCGCGCUCCACACCCUUCAAGGACAAGUUGUUGAUGUUCCUGUGCUUCGGCAGCAGCAGCCUGCUCCUGCGCACGAUCCUGCGGAACGGGCGGCCCAGCAUCCCCCGCGACGUCCGCUGCAUCGAGGACUACAACCACGACGUGCUGAAGCGGCUGAGCCCAGUGGAGAUCAGCACGCAGUUCGACCAGGACGGCCACGGCAACCGCAUCGAUCUCGGCCUCCGCCCUCGCCUGGACGCUCUGGCGGAGGGUGGGGACCGACCGCGGCAGCCUGACUGAGCAGACGCACCUCCCGUCCCUCCCCCCCAGGAGCCCUUGGGAGGAGGAGGAGGAGGAGGAGGUAGCGGAGGAUGAGGAUAGAGGAAUCGGAGGAGGAUUGUGUCCGGCGCCAUCGGUGCUGUGAGGGGGGAUGCCGAAUUCGGUGGUGGCAGCAGCUGUAAUCAUCCCACUGCGGUCCCUCGGCAAAAG